AUGGAGCUCCACAUGCGCUCGGUUCCGGGCUGGCAGCCGCUGGACGAGCCCCAGGCGGUGCUGCCCACCGCCUUGGAGAUGCCGGAGGAGGCGGCUUUGGCGGCGCGUCGAAUCGACGCGCUCAUCGGCGGCAUCCUCACCGUCGGUCUGGCCGUCGUUGCGGCAACCGUGCCAGUGGCGCUGGUGUCCUUGUUGGCAUGCAUGGGAUGCCAGGGAGCGUCGACAGGGCCACGGAGCAGGAGAGCUGGGCACCGUGGGAUGCCUGUCGCUUGGUGUCCUCUUCAAUUACUCCCGCCCCCGGCAGGCGAAGUGGCUCAGGAGCAGAAGGACGAGGAGGAAUUCGAAAUCCGGCUAGGCCCACUUAAGACCGCCAUCUUUGGAGUGCGGGCCUCGUCCUGGACGUGCCGGAUGGCAGCUCUGACCUCCUGGUCCAAAGCAGAGAAUCUGAUGCUGGGCGGGGCAGGGCUGGACUGGGAGGUCAUUUGGCUCUGGCUCGUGGCCGUCCUCGCUACGGACGUGGUGGGCUACCUUUUCCGCGCGUUGCAGGCGGCGUGGAUGAAGCGCCGGAUCGACCUUACAGGCCCUGCCAUUUCCAUCGUCAUGAGCGUCUUCCCCGUUCUGGGGCCACGGGAUUGCCUGUUUGCUGGCGCCGUGUUUCAACUCGCGGCCUGCCAAGCAGACGACUCAUGGAGACGCACCGCAGGUUUUUGGGUCGGGAACGCCGCGCUCCUCACCAUUUUCCUGCCGGCACCGGCCUUGCGUGGCCCUUACCUCUAUGCGUGGUGCAGAUGGGAAGAGCCAAAAAUGCCAGAAAUGGCGAAAG